CAAUGCCAGACGCCAUGCCUGUAUCGGAUCCGCGGGGAGAUGCAGGCCGGUGGGCCAACGUCAGCUACCGGGUACGCCAGCCAAAUGCUGCAGAACCGGCGCCCAGGAGGAGGAAACAAAACUGGUUCCACAAAUUCUGCCGGUGCUGCGCAGGCCAGCGGGAUGAAAGUGACUGGACACCGGCGCCUGGCGAGGUCCCAGGGGCCCGGCGAACAGAUCCCGUCAUCCGGGAGGGCAUGCUGGUCAUCAAAAAGAUUGAUUUAAUGAGCGGCCGUAUGGGCGCCAACCGCCGUGCCCACCACACCGACGAGUAUGAGUACGACAACCUCAUCAUCCGCCGCGGGCAGCCCUUCGACAUGAAGCUCCAUUUCCAGCAGCCUUACGAUUCCGACGACCACCGGGUCUGCCUUGAGUUCCUAAUCGGCCCCAACCCACAAGCCUCAAAGGGCACUCACAUUCUGGUCCCCGUCGGGGGUUCCUUGCCCGGCAUGGGCUGGUCAGCGGAAAUGACCAGCUCGGACGACAACACCAUGUCUAUCCGAAUCUGCCCCUCGCCCAGAGCAGUGAUUGGCAAGUACCAGUUCAGCGUGAAGACCCGAAGCAAAGCGGGCGAGUACGCUGCGCCCUUCGAACCCAACAACGAGGUGUACAUUCUCUUCAACCCCUGGUGCGCAGAGGAUUCGGUCCACAUGCCACAAAGUGACUGCCUAAACGAGUAUGUGCUGAACGAAACAGGGAGGAUUUAUUAUGGGACGGAAAGUCAGAUCGGGGAGCGAACAUGGAACUACGCGCAGUUUGACCAAGGAAUCCUGGAUGCUUGUUUGUACAUGCUGGAUAAGCGGGGGAUGCCUCAUGCGAGCCGGGCAGAUCCGAUCAUGGUUUCCCGUGUCGUCUCAGCCAUGGUGAACUCUCUAGACGACAACGGUGUUCUGGUGGGAAACUGGACCGGGGAUUACUCCCGUGGCACCAACCCUUCAGCCUGGGUGGGCAGCCAAGACAUCCUUCUGAAGUACCACCGUACCGGUUACCCCGUCCUCUACGGGCAGUGCUGGGUGUUUGCAGGCGUCGUGACUUCAGUCCUGCGGUGCCUGGGCAUUGCCACCCGGACUGUCACCAAUUACAACUCAGCCCAUGACACGGACGUCAGCCUCACCAUGGACAUCUACUUUGAUGAGAAUAUGAAGCCCCUGGAGCACCUCAACGCCGACUCUGUGUGGAAUUUCCACGUCUGGAACGACUGCUGGAUGAAGCGACCAGAUCUGCCUUCAGGGUUCGAUGGGUGGCAAGUGGUAGAUGCAACCCCUCAGGAGUCCAGCAGUGGGAUCUUCUGCUGUGGGCCCUGCUCUGUGGAGGCCAUCAAGAACGGUCUGGUCUACAUGAAAUACGACGCUUCCUUCUGCUUUGCCGAGGUGAACAGCGACAAGGUGUAUUGGCAACGCCAAGCCGACGGCACCUUCAAGAUCGUCUACGUAGAAGAAAAAGCCAUCGGCCACCUCAUCAGCACCAAAGCCGUGGGGUCCCAUCAACGGCAAGACAUCACCAGCCUUUACAAGCACCCCGAAGGAUCGGAAGCUGAGCGCAAAGCAGUAGAGACUGCCGCCAAGCACGGCACCAAGGCCCACAUCUACACCAACAAAGAGUGGGGAGAAGACAUCUCGGUGACGGUCGACACCCAAGAGGCCUACACCGGACAGGACAUCUCCUUGAGGGUCAUCCUGAAGAACCGGAGUUCGAUGCCUCGCAACGUCUCUCUCAAUCUCUUUGUGGCAGUCAUGUAUUACACGGGAGUCACUGGCAGCAAUUUUAAACAGGAGCAGCGGCAGGUCCAGAUUCCUGCAGGAGGAGCUCAACAGGUUCCGAUGGUCAUCUCCUAUCCCGAGUACAAGCCCCAUCUGGUGGACCAAGGAGCCAUGAAGCUCAGCAUCUCCGGGAAAGUAACUGAAACCGGACAGGUCAUCGCGAAGGAGCAUACUUUCCGUCUUCGCACCCCGGAUCUCACCCUGACGCUGCUGGGUCCGGCCAUCGUUGGACAAGAGACUCAAGUCCAGAUUGUCUUCAAGAACCCCCUUCCUGUGACUUUGACCAAAGCCACUUUCCACAUGGAAGGAUCCGGACUUUCAACCCCCAACACGAUGACCGUCGGGGAUAUCGGUCCGCAUCAAACCGUUCGACUCUGCCAGAACUUCACCCCGCUGCGUGCCGGACGUCGCCAGUUGGUUGCCAGCCUGGACAGCCCACAGCUCUCUCAGGUCCAUGGCGUGUUGACCAUUGACGUGGCCCAGAAUCCUCCGCGGGGACCGUCGGCCUCUCCAGCACCUGCCCGGGGUUCUCCUGCCCGGGGUCGUGGCUCCCCUGGCCGUACACGAGGCUCCCCUGCAGCUGCUCGAAGCUCCCCUGCGGUCACUCGGGCCUCUCCUGGAAGGCAGCCCGCCAACCACAGCACCCCAGCCAACGCCAACGCCAACACAAAUGCACGUGGAACCCCCAGCCGCCAGCCCAAUCCCGGAGGAGCGCCCAAUGCUCACGGAGCAGCUGCCGCCUCCAGGCCAGGGGCCACAGGGCGGCCCGUUUGAGCCAGCUCUUAGCCACGGUGCCAAGUGUGAUGUGACAACGCAGCACAACUGGGUGAUGAAGAGGGGGGGGGGGCCUUGCCCGAGCCACGGAACCACAGUGGGGUGUGCCGAGCCCACAGGGCCGGUGAAAAAAAAUGUAUCUCCUGGGGGGUGAACGUCAAGAAACAUCAUCUGCCAAUUUCUCUUUUCUUCAUUUUUGUUCCUCUCCAUCAUUUUCCCUGCAUACUAUUUUUUUUCCAUAUAUAUAAUCACCCCACAAUUGAGUUGCAAUUUCUAGGGUCGAGACCCCCGUUGGGUGCAAUCGAAGCAUCUUCUUCCUCUCACACCGUUCACCUGAGAUGUGGGUCAAGGACUUGGUUGCCCCUCCAGCUCUGAGACCCCCCAUCGCCCCCUCCCCACUGCCCCGGCUGCGCCAUCCAGCCACACUGUGCAAAGAAUCCCCCUCACAAUAUGUUUAUUACUUGACACCCAUUUUUCACCGUGAAAUUUAUUCCCUCCUUUAAACGCAUGCUGAUCUUCACUUGCGCACGCUUGCUUCCACUAAUGGUGCAAAAUCUCUGGAGAAGUUCGACGGGAGAAGUGAUAAGUUGUUUUUGUUUUGUUUUUUCAAAUUAUUAUUCCCUAAAAUGAGUGGUGGGUCUUCUCACUUGAGCCAAAGGAAAUUUCUAGGAAUUUUUCCCAUUGUUUUCCCACCCUCUCUUUGAUUGGACAAAUUCAGGGGUGGGAGGUUGGGUGGGUGGGAUUUUAUUAGCUUUCCUUUUUUUUCAGGAAUUGGAUGUAAGGGCAAAGUCGAAGUCAGAUUGCUGAGGAGGGUUAUAUGCAAAAUAAAUUGGCUAGCCGGGCUUCUGCCAUUCAUGCAAUUAAAAUAUAUGCAAAUUCAAAGUAUCGAGACAGCUGAUCAUGUAACCCUAAUGCGGAGCUGAGAAGGUUUUUUUAAUGGCUAGCCAGAUCUUUAUUCUUCAUUAUGUUUCUAUCGUACUGCAUUUAACCUAUAUGGACCAUGAAUGAAGCAAAAAAAAAAAGAAAAAGAAAAAGAAAAAUGG